AUGUUUGCUCACAACGCCGUACGUGCUAUUGCUCGCGCAGCUCCCAGAGGUUCCCGUGCAUCCUCUGCCGAUGCAGGUGCAGGUGAUUAUUUCACAAAGCGUGAUGCGGUCAGGGCCCAUGCUGCAGAGGUUACUCAGCUUUGGCGCAGAAUAAGCUUCUAUGUUUGCGUCCCAGCUACCAUUGCCUGCGCCCUUUGGGUGCGUAAUGUGGAGGCAGAACAUGCUGAACACGUAGAACACAUAAAGGCAGAACAUGAUGGUCACCUUCCCGACAUCCCUCAGUACGAAUACAUGAACCGUCGUCUCAAGCCUUACCCUUGGGGUAUGAACUCGCUGUUCUUUAACCCGCAUGUCAACAAAGAUUUGUCGGAGGAAUGA